AUGUCUCAAGGCUGGGAGGCGUCGACUGGCGUAGGGGCUUUGAACGAUUGGUUCACACUUCACACCACCGAGGAACCUCUACCACAAUACGACGAAGGCUUUAUACUAGAUUUCGACGAAUCAUGGCUAUCAGCUUUCAUGGUUGAUGAGGUUUUGCCAGGUCCCAACAGCUCGCAUACACAAUUCAACGCAGGCGUUACCUCAUUUGACGACAGCGCUGGUUGCAAUGCUGAUGUCGACUUGGAUACUUUAAGUCUUGCUGGGCUACCCACCCCCCGCAUGCCGUCAUUAAACCGAUUGGAUUGUCCAUCGGAUCUUCUGAAGGAUGGAGCUUCGGAGAGAGUGAACAUAGUGGCUACAGAUGAACAGGAGACUAAAACUGAGUCAGCAAAUGGUUCCUGCCUGUUCCCUACAGGCAAAACCGUACUGGGUCUCAGCGAAGAAUCACCACCGACAAGGGCUUAUCAUCAAAGGCCCGCAAAGCGUUCGACUUCUGACAAACCUAAAUCCAAGAGGACCAAGAUUUCGAACGAAGUCCGCGUUGUGUUGGACGCGCACUUCGAUAAUAGCGCUUAUCCGACUGAUGGUGAGCUGGUUCUACUAUCCGGAAAGACUGGAUUGCCUGUAUCAGUCAUCAAAAGGUGGUUCGUGAAUGCAAGGGCACGCAAGACUAUGCCAGAAGACAAUGCCGACGCAGAUACAAACGUGGAUAGUCAAGAACUUCAUGAGCGACCCGAACGUAGUCUGUCGCUGGAGCCUGUCGUUGGUCGAGAUAGUCUUCAGGACUUGGAUCGAUGCUCCCCUGCGCCCAGCGUAGCCUCACUCGAGAGAUAUGUGAACCAGACCGCAGAUCAGGACUCAGUUCCUACUUUAGUCAUCGAAUCAGCCUUACAAGCCGACCAUUUCCUACUUGCACCACUUGUUGACGCGCAAUCAUCCAAACGUCGCAACACAAUCUCAAAAAUUCGAACGUUCCUACGUUACGAAGUACCCGCUCGUACUUUUGCACUUGGUCUAGCUGCAACAAAUCCUUCCCGAAUCGUUCCGCGUGGGCACGACACGAGGAAGCCAUCCAUCAUUGCCCCUACUAUUGGAUCUGCUGUCUAG